GGCUACCAGCUGUGCUGGGAGGCCAGAUAAAACAGCCUGGAAAGUACUAAGGAGACAAAGAAGCGCUGCUGUAGCCUCCAUCCCUUCCAACAGGUUAAAAACCACCCAACCAGAGUCUGCUUGUUCCUCUGCAUCACAAAAACUCAUCUUGUCUCCAGUAUGGUGAACCAACUCUUAAUGGCGUUGCUAUGCAUGUCGGCACUGAUCAGUGCCCAGACAGACCCCAGCAAGCCUGCAAUCCAGCUGCGGCUAGCGGGGGAGAAGAAGAAACACUACGAGGGUCGAGUGGAAGUUUUCUACAACGGAGAGUGGGGGACAGUGUGUGAUGAUGACUUCACCAUCCAAGCUGCACAAGUGGUGUGCAGAGAGCUGGGCUUCAUGGAUGCUGUGUCCUGGUCUCCUUCAGCCAAGUUUGGAAAGGGGGAAGGUCAUAUCUGGCUAGACAACGUGCACUGCACCGGUACAGAGAAGAGCCUGGCUCACUGCAAGUCAAACGGUUUUGGAGUUUCUGACUGCAAACAUUCAGAGGAUGUCGGGGUGGUGUGCUCCCAGAAACGCAUCCCAGGCUUCAAGUUCAUCAGGAACCAGGCACUCAGUGGGGAGGGUCUGACAGUGCAAGUGGAGGAUGUAAGGAUCAGGGCCACCUACUCUCACAGAAAAAGGAUCCCCAUCACAGAGGGAUUUGUGGAGGUGAGAGAUGGAGGCAAGUGGAGGCAGAUCUGCAGCGAGGAGUGGAGCGAGAUGAACAGCAGAGUCAUCUGCGGCAUGUACGGUUUCCCCUCUGAGAAACCUUUCAACGUCCGACCCUACAAAAUGUUGGCUAAACGCCGUAAGAAGAACUACUGGGGCUUCUCCGUCAACUGCACAGGCAACGAGGCCGACCUGUCAGACUGCAAACUUGGUAAAGAGAUCCAGCUCAAAGGCAACAACACAUGUCGGCGGGGCAUGCCUGCUGUGGUCAGCUGCGUACCUGGACGGGCCUUCGCUCCGAGCGUCAGCAUGGGUUUCAGGAAGGCCUACAGGGUGGAGCAACCCUUAGUCCGUCUAAGAGGGGGGGCCAUGAUCGGCGAGGGCCGAGUGGAGGUGCUGAAGAACGGAGAAUGGGGGACCGUCUGUGAUGAUAACUGGAACAUCAGAGCGGCCACGGUGGUGUGUCGAGAGCUCGGCUUCGGCAGCGCCAAAGAGGCCCUGGCUGGAGGCAAAAUGGGUCAAGGGGUGGGGUCUGUCCACAUGAAUGAGGUGGAGUGCUCUGGGUUUGAAAAGUCUCUGACUGAAUGUUACUUCAACCGCGACUCUUUAGGCUGCAGCCAUGAGGAAGACGCUGCAGUCAGGUGCAAUGUUCCUGCCAUGGGCUUCAACACCCGGCUUCGGUUAAAUGGCGGGCGUAACUCCUACGAGGGCCGCGUGGAAGUGCUGGCAGAGAGGAACGGCUCUCUGGUGUGGGGCACGGUGUGCAGCGACAGCUGGGGAACCAUGGAGGCCAUGGUGGUGUGCAGACAGCUGGGACUGGGCUUCGCCAGCCACGCCUUCCAGGAGACCUGGUACUGGCAGGGAGACGCGUCCGCUGAUGCUGUGGUGAUGAGCGGAGUGAGAUGUUCAGGAACCGAGCUGACUCUGGAUCAGUGUCUGCAUCAUGGCAAACAUGUUAGCUGUCAGAAAGGAGGCGGACGCUUUGCUGCCGGGGUUUCCUGCACACAGACGGCUCCAGACCUGGUCCUCAGCGCUCAGGUGGUGGAGCAGACCACAUACCUUGAGGACAGGCCCAUGUAUGCCCUGCAGUGUGCCCAUGAAGAACGCUGUCUGUCCAGCACGGCCGACAAAGCCAGCCCAGACUCCUACCGCCGCCUUCUACGCUUCUCCUCCCAGAUCCAGAACAAUGGCCUAUCAGACUUCAGACCGCGGGCGUCGCCUCAUUCCUGGACCUGGCACGAGUGUCACAGACACUACCACAGCAUGGAGGUUUUCACCCACUAUGACUUGAUAAGUCUGAACGGCACUAAAGUUGCAGAGGGACAUAAAGCCAGCUUCUGUCUGGAGGACACCCACUGUGACGAAGGUAUACAGAAAAGGUACGAAUGCGCCAACUUUGGCUCUCAGGGCAUCACCGUCGGCUGCUGGGACACCUACAGACACGACAUAGACUGUCAGUGGAUCGACAUCACAGAUGUGAAGCCGGGAGAUUACAUCUUCCAGGUCUUGAUAAACCCAAACUUUGAAGUUGCAGAAUCGGAUUACACCAACAAUAUAAUGAAGUGUCGCACUCGCUACGACGGACACCGGAUAUGGACCUACAACUGUCAUAUAGGUGGCACGUUAAGUUCAGACGCUGAAGACAUGUUUCCAGGACUGCUGACCAACCAGCUCUCUCACAGGUAGACCAGAGCAGAACAUCGCAAAGGACGGCACCAGGAGGACUUUUGGCAACCACUAGAGGGAGCCGCGUGCCGGGUUGUUAUUGUGCUCAGGGUUCAGCUGGUACAAUAAAUAAUGGCUCAAUAGGAAAAAUGAACUGAAUGCAUUUACCCUAUUCAGUUGUCUUUUGCUGUUUUUUGUGCUUGUUUUUUUAUUUUUUUUAUUUUGUCAUUAUGACCUGGUGCUCACGAUGCAAUAAUGAUCGCAGCCGCGUAACUUAUUAAACCCCGGUGUGGCGAUCGCUGCAUUGGAAACCAAAGUUUUAAAUGUGUGGGGACUUCUUCAAACCACAACCCAGACACCAUAUUACCUAGAAAGAGUAGUUCUUCCUUUGCAUGGACUCAAUUUAUCCUCUAUUUAAAACAUUGCACUGUAUACUAAACAGCUGUGAUGAAAAGCAGCUUUAGAAAUCAU